AUGAAUCGUCGCUUGUACAUAGCUAAUCGCCGCAACGUAUGGUCGGUCGACAUAACCGAGAGACGCUACGGUAGACCCAUGAAGUUGACGGAUUACGCGACGUAUCUUCCGGCGAAUCUCACGCGCCUGUCCACCGCGUAUCGAAGACCAUCGGGCGAUCUCGCGCUAUUCGUUAACGAUUCGAUCUAUGUCGCGGAAUAUCCCAGUUUUAAGCUAAAACCUGGUUGGCCGAGAUCUCUCCACGAUAUCGGACUUCCCCGAGACGCUAAGAUCAACGCCGCGAUAAACACGCAUACGGGACGAACCUACGCGAUCUACGACGACGACAAAGUAGCGGAGAUCGACGAAUGUCGCAUGAUAGCCGUUAGACACGCUCCGUUGAAAGAUAUAUUUCCAGGAAUACCGCCCGCGAUAACAUCGGCCUACCGACACAUUGACGGUAAUCUAUAUUUUUUCGCAAAGCGUCAAUUCUACGCGUUCAAUGAAUUCACGAAUAUCGUGACCUUGGCGGGUCCUUUCGACCUUCACGUACUCGGUAUCGAGUGUCCUACGGACGGAUUGUUGCGACAAUUGCGCGAUCUUCUGAUUCGCGCUUAUCAUCUCGGCGACGUAACCAAAAGCGACGGGAUCGACGAAGAGGACGACUGA